AUGGGGCAUCCUUCAUGGAUGAUUGUUUCCUUCUUAACUGAACUUCUUAGUUCAUACGGCGGUUUUGGGAAGUUGCCACCAAGCCACAAUCUACUUAAUCUCCGACCAUCUUGUGCUAAUGAUACCGAGGUGAUUGAUAAUCUUCUCAAGGAUUCUUAUAAUAAGCAUUAUAUUCCUUCAUAUCCUGUACAUGUCCGAGUUGAUAUGUGGGUGCAGGAAGUAACUGCUGUGAGUGAACUAACACAAGACUUUGAGAUUGAUUUAUACAUAAACGAAUUUUGGGAGGAUCCUGCUCUUGUUUUCGACUACAUGAAUCCCUGUAAAAAUAAUAUUUCGUUCGACGACAAGGUGCUUCAAAGAUUAUGGAUACCGAACACAUGCUUUAUUAAUUCGAAAAUGGCUGCCAUUCACGAAAGCCCAUUCAGGCAAAAAUAUUUUUCUUAUGAUUUUUUCUAAUUCAACUGUUUGGACAAAUUAUCGAAUGAAGGUCACAGGUCCUUGUGAUAUGAACUUAAAGCGGUU